CCCCCCCUUCCCUUCCAAAUCAAAAACACUGCAAUAGAAAAAACUCCUUGAACCCGCUAAACCCCUUUCAUGCCCCGUUGCAUGUUAUCGUACUCCGUAGUUGUUGACAUGUCGAAAGUGAUUUUACAUGACAGUGCACCAGCAAGAUUCGUCGCAGCCGCAGCAAUCGCAGGACUCGCCGCACUUGGGGGCAGUGGGCUUGACGAUGGUGGAGAUGGAGGAGGCGACGCUGGCAGGCAUUUUGAGAGAGGUGGGUUGAGGUUGAGUUGGUUGUGUGGUAGAGAAGAGGUGUGUGAGUGAGUGAGUGAGUAAGUUGGGGAGUAGUAGAGUGAGGUUUGUUUGGAUAGUAGAUUGAAGUGUUGAUGAGAUGAUGGAAUGAAGUCUAACAGCGGGCAGACAGAUAGACCUUUAUAUCACCGCCAAUGCUGAUCAGCUGCCUUGAACAACCAAGUAACUUGGAUAGAAAGCGUAACAGAAUCAAGCACCCGCUAAUUCGCGUUCAAGCCUCAAGCCCUGCGUGCUUCCCCCCCCCUCCCGCCGUUUCGACACUUGCCAGUUGUCAGGGCUGUCAUUGGUCUCGCAGGACUCCGGAUGCACCGCCUCGUUUGCCCUGUCAUUUCUCCAGGCCCAGGCUGGGGUGGGGAAU